AUGCUCCCACUCACGCUGCUCAAUGCGGCGCAGAACAAGCCGAUGCUCGUCGAGCUCAAGAACGGCUCCACCUUCAACGGCCACCUCAUCGCCUGCGACAACUUUAUGAACCUCACCCUGCGCCAAGUCUACGAGACCAGUGCAAGCGGAGAACAGUUCUGGAAGCAACCGGAAUGCUACAUCCGCGGAUCCACCAUCAAGUACUGCCGCGUCGCCGAUUCCGUCAUCGACAGCGUCAAGGAGACCGAAGAGGCGGCUAGGAAACAGCGCCAGUCCGGCGGAGGCGGCAUGUCGGGAGGCGUCAACCUCGGCAUGCGGAACCAGAACCACGGCGGCAGCGGCGGGGGAGGAGGAGGGCGGGGCGGAUACAACAACCACGCGAGGGGCGGCGGCGCACCCGGAGGCGGCGCGAGAGGCGGUCGGGGCAGGGGGAGGGGGAGGGGGCAGUAG